AUGGCACCGGAACCGGAUCUGCUAGUCGGCUUCCCGGCAAAAGCACCGGCGAAGCCAACUACCAAGCUGCGCUUUGCAGAUGUCGCUGUCACAGGAACAGCAAAAGACUUUGCAGGCUUCUAUAGAGGCAAGCAGUACCAUCAACCGGACUUUGAUGCCGUCCUCGACCGCGCCCUGGCCGCGGGUGUCGAGAAGGUGAUGCUGACCGGCAUGUCCCUUAGUGACGCGGUGACCAAUAUUUCCAUUGCGAAGUCGCGGCCGGCGGGGACCUGUUUUGUGACUAUCGGUAUCCACCCGUAUCAUGCAACCGAACCGGAUGCUGAGGAGGAUGGCGGCGAGGACGGGCAUUUCAAGAAGUUGGCGCAGACCGUCCGCAACGCUCUGGAGCCUACGAACGAAGGGCCUCGGUCAGUGUUGGCGGCCUUCGGCGAGCUUGGCCUCGAUUACGACCGUCUCAACCACGCCUCCAAGGAGGCACAGAUCCGCACCUUUAGACGCCAAUUGGACCUCUUUGCUGAGGAAAAGUUCGAUCUACCCCUAUUCCUCCACUGCCGCGCCGCGUUCGAUGACUUUGUGGACGUCGUCAAACCCUACCUCCCUAACCUGCCCCGCCGAGGACUCGUUCACUCUUUUGUCGGCACCUCAGUCCAAAUGAAAGCCCUCGUGGAGAUGGGAUUCGACGUCAGCGUCAACGGCUUCAGCUUUCAGGACAAAGAGAGCCUGGAGAUGGUGCGCGAGAUCCCACUGGAGCGAUUGCAGAUCGAGACGGACGCGCCCUGGGGCGAGAUCCCCGCUGGUUCGGAAGUUGCGAAAACAUUUCUUACCAAUGCGCCUGCUUUGCCGCAGAGUAAGAAAAAGGACAAGUUUGAAAUGGGACUGAUGGUAAAGGGUAGGAACGAGAGUUGUACUAUCGAUAGGGUGGCUUUUAUUGUGGCGGGGUUGAAAGGAUUGAGUGUCGAGGAGGUGGCUGAUGCUGCUUGGCGGAACAGCGUCAACAUGUUUGGGCUUGGUGAGCUAUGA